AUGGCGAAAGAGAUUGAUUUUUUAGCGGAGGAUGAGGGUGCUCCCCCUAUCCUCGCUUCUAGGAAGCGCGCAGAUGAUAGUGACGACGAUGCAGCAUUUAUUGCGGUGGCAUCACAGCGCCACAAUGUAAAGGCAGGCGCCGAAGUGGCGAAGAAUGCACAAAAAGGCAAAGGCAAGACGGCAAGCGGGAUUGUUAGCGGCGGCGGUAGUUUCCAGAGCAUGGGUUUGCACCCAUCCUUGCUUCGAUCCCUGCUUUUGCGUGGAUUUACUACACCAACGCCGAUCCAACGCCGUGCUAUCCCUGCCAUCAUGGCGCAGCCGUCCCAGGAUGUGGUCGGCAUGUCCAGAACGGGCAGCGGAAAAACAUUGUCCUACAUUGUGCCGAUGAUCCAUCGCCUCAACGGCCGGCAUUCUUCGACAUUCGGCGUCAAGGCCAUAAUUUUGUGUCCGUCGCGUGAGCUUGCGCUGCAGAUUUUCAAAGUCGGCAAGGAUCUUGCGCGCGGUUGGCGUUCCGACGACGACCAGCGUGGCGAAGCUAUCCGGUGGGCGCUCAUUGUUGGUGGUGAGAAUCUUGACCAGCAGUUUGCGACGAUGGCGACGAAUCCAGACGUGGUGAUCGGUACGCCAGGCCGCUUGCUGCAUUUGAUUGUGGAAAUGAACAUGGAUUUGCGCGCGGUAGAAUACGUGGUGUUUGACGAGGCGGACCGGCUAUUUGAGAUGGGAUUUGCCGAGCAGCUCGAGGAGCUGCUGCGCCGCUUGCCUCCGGCGAGACAGACACUCUUGUUUAGCGCGACGCUGCCCAAGUCAUUGGUCGAAUUUGCGCGCGCGGGCCUGGACGCGAAUCCGAAACUGAUUCGUCUGGACGCAGACUCCAAGAUCAGUCCCGAGCUGCGCAUGGCCUUCUUCAGUGUCAAGCCCAACGAUAAAGACGCGGCGCUUUUGCUGCUCCUGCAGCAUGUAAUUCACGUUCCCACAGGUGUGCCCGCGGACGAGGAAGAAAGCGCGUUUGCGGACGAGGGCGACACAGGCAGCAAACGGCGCCGCGCUUCUCUCCAAGAAAAGCCACGCAAGCGCAAUGCUACAGGCACAGUCGACCUGAAGCCGUACCAAACUGUUAUUUUUUGUGCGACCAAGCACCAUGUAGAAUACCUCCUCCUCGUGCUCACGACAAUGGGCUUUGCCUGCUCGCACAUUUACUCCUCGCUGGACCAAACGGAGCGUACAAUCCAGAUGAACCGAUUCCGACAGGGGCGUGCGUCGCUGCUCAUCGUCACCGAUCUGGCCGCGCGCGGUAUUGAUUUGCCCGUCUUGGAGCACGUCAUCAACUACGACUUUCCUCCACAGCCGCGCAUCUUUGUCCACCGUGUGGGCAGAACAGCGCGUGCCGGCCGUACGGGCUGGGUAUGGAAUUUGUGCACGCACAGCGAGCUGCCUUACCUGAUUGAUUUACAGCUCUUUUUGACGCGCCCGCUCACAUCUUCGCAUACGCUGUCAAAGGGCCCAGAAGCGUUGGAUUUGCAAAAUACCUUGGUGAUGGGCACGCUUCCUCGCGACCAGCUCGACGAGCUGUCAGAGUCAGUCCACACCGCGAUGCAUGCAGUAUCUGCUACGGCCGUUGCCUACGAUGCCCUUGUCGGCGUUGUAAAGCGUGCGCAUAGCAUGUAUACACGUUCGCAGCCCAAAGCAAGCCAGGAGAGCUACCGCCGCGCCAAAGACAUGGUCAAGGAUGCCGAGCGCAGCGCAAUCACCGGAACAGUUUCGGACGGAUGGGCGCUUGCAGGCAGCCAACUGGAGGACGCCGGCGUGCAUGAUGUGCUUUGCAGGCCGGCCAUAUACAAUCUUCAGCAAGGCGAGACGCGCAUGGCCGCACACGAUGAUCCACUCGCUGCCGCGCGUGCUUCGUUGCUCGCCAAAGUGCAUGCUUUCCGCCCGGGCGAGACUGUGUUUGAGAUCGGCGCGCGGGGGCAGCAUGCACCACUGGCACAGCUGAUGCAGGAGCGUCGGCGAACACUAUUAUCCAAGCAGCAGCGCGCGCGCACUAUCGAAGAAGCGAAGCGCGGCACACAGCCUGGAGCGGAAGAAGACGUGCCCAAUACGCACGACGAUACACUGAGCGAAGCGGAAGAAGAGGACAUUGAGGCCGUAUUUGACACAGGCCGCGACGCCGCACCUGACCGCUCGUUCCGCGAUCCAAACUUUUACAUGGGCUACAAGAAGCAAGGCGCUGACGAAGAACGUGGAUAUGCACUAAACACCGGCUCCUUUGUCGAGCAGGCUGGCCGCGUCGCGUUCAGCCUCGGUGGCGACGAUGUAGGCCCUGGUCACAGCGAUCAGCGACCGAAUCAGAGCCGCUGGGAUACUAAGAAAAAGAAGUUCGUCAAGGGCGACGGCGCCGGGGCAGACAACCAAAAGAUGAUCCGUUCUGAGACGGGCCUCAAACUUCCGGCGUCCUAUCGCUCCGGCCGGUUCGACGAGUGGCGCAAAGAGCAGCGAAUCGAUAUGCCACGCGUCGGCGAAGACGAGAGCAACUUGCCUGCAUCGGUUAAGCGCAUCUCUGCGCGUGUCCACGACGGCAACGGCAUGAGCCACCGCCGUGGAUUUAAGCAUACCCAGCUCAAGGCACCCAAGCCCUUGGACAAAAAGCAGUACGGAUACCACAAGCAGCUCAAACAACGUCAAGACCGCGCGGGCCAGCCAUCCAACGUGCACAGCGAACUUAAAAGCGCUUCUCAAAUUCAGCGCGAGCGCCGCACCAAGGAAAAGCGCCGCGAAAAGAACGCACGGCCCACCCGGCGCAAGAAAAAGUAA